AAAAUAGAUACCAUCUGGCAUGUAACUACCAACUUUCUUCACUCAACAAAAAUAAUAAAGAACCAAGAAGACAACUGAGAUUGCGACUUGGAUUCUUACAAUUCCAAGUCCAAUAAAUGAAAUACACAAAUUCUGAAUUUAAUAUCUUUGAAAACUAGUUAUACUCUUUUAUAAUACUACACAAAUUCACAACCAACAUCUCACAUUCUCGAUGCUGAGUGUUCAGAUUCCCCUGAACCAUGGACGGUGAUCCAGCGGUCGAGCCAGAGCUCGACUCCUUUAGCUUGACCUUCCCUCUACCGUACCGAGUCGCCUUUAUAAUUGUAUUAGGCGUCUGGGGUUGGGGCAUCAACUUACACUACCUUUACAUCGUCGGCAUCGAUGUGCCCUCCCUAAUUCGGUACCCGGGCCGUUCCUCGCCGCACCACCCGACCCACCACCUUUCCACCUACCGCCUCGCCACCGUCCUCUCCGCCAUCUACGGCUUCGCUCUCCUCCUCUUCUGGGCCUUCACCCAUCGCAAUCCCGACCAGGUCCUCCGCUGGGGCUGGCUGCCACUCACGUACCUCGGCGUGCUCCUCGGCAUCCUCGUUUUCGCGCCCUUCUUCAAGUCGCUCUCACACAGCGGGCGCACGCGACUGCGUUACACGCUCAAGCGCAUCAGCGUCGGCGGGCUUGCCGAGACCAAGGAUGGCAAGUUCGGCGACAUCCUGCUUGCCGAUGUCCUAACCAGCUACGCGAAGGUGUUCGCGGACUUCUUCGUGGCAAUAUGCAUGUUCCUGCGCCGCGAGGGGGGCGCGACAGCACGUCCGGAUCGCGGGUGCGGCGGCGCAUAUGCCGUCCCGCUUGUGCUCGCCGUGCCCUCGGUCAUCCGCUUGCGCCAGUGCCUGAUCGAGUACGGCCGCGUGCGACGCGGACGCAUGACCGAGGCCUCGGGCUGGGGCGGCCAGCACCUAGCUAACGCGCUGAAAUACGCGUCCGCGUUUCCGGUCACCAUCUUCAGCGCCUUGAUGCGGAACACCCCGCCAGAUGCCACUGGGAACAACUUCUACUACCGCCCCUGGAUCGCGGCCUGCGCCGUCAACUCGCUGUACAGCUUCUACUGGGACGUGGCCAAGGAUUGGGAUCUACUACUCUUCGACAGCAGCGCGCGGAACGCGCCAGACCUAAAGGCGUUCGGCCUGCGACGCCGCCUCCACAUCGGCCCGCCCGCGCUAUACUACUUCGUCAUCGCGCUCGACCUGGUGCUGCGGUGCACGUGGAGCCUCAAGCUGAGCCCGCACCUCGGCCAGGUCGCCGACUGGGAGGGCUCCUUGUUCGUCAUCGAGCUGCUGGAGGUGUUCCGCCGCUGGGUCUGGAUCUUCUUCCGCGUCGAGACCGAGUGGAUCCGCAACACGAACACGGCGGUCUCCGGGCUGGAUGUCGACGAUAUUUUGCUCCCCGACUACCAUAAUCAUAAUAUUCAGGGCCCCAGGUACCAGGACGACGACUAGAAGUCGAAGUCUUUGGGGGCGAAGCGGACUUAGCUGAGUUAUAAGGGUAGGGGUAUGGGGAUCUAAACGAAGGAUGGAUGGGGGG